UAAAGACAUGUAUACCAAGCUUGACUGUGUCCAGGUGCAGAGCAGAUCAGAUCUCUUGUCUUUUCCCAAACUGCAAGCAGGUUUUUGUGGAGCUAAGAUAGAAAACCUUCAUCUUGUUAAUUAUGGAAAAAAGACGCUUGAGGAAAGAGAUUGAACAUUUAUUGGGGGAAUACAUUGGUGUCAGACUCAGAGAAAACAGAUUUGAUCCGAAGGGUAAAAAGGAUUCAACUUUACUUGAUGACUUGGCACAUUAUGACUUGGCCAUCAAUGUUGCUUUACUUUGGUUGAACAAAGCUGAAGAAAAGGAGUUUACUGACAAUGAAAUACAAGUGAGCAGCUCCAGGGAGUGCAGACACCCCAAUAGGAUGGAGCGAGAGGCGAUGAUCCUCUCCUCCUUUGCUGGGAUUCUCAUGAAUACCUUGCCUGUGGACGAGGUCAUUUCCCUCUACAAGUAUAAACCCUCAACAGCACACUCUGGGCAGCAUGCUAAGAGUCCAAUAGUGCACCCUUUCACCCUUUCCUGCCACCCAUUUGCAAUGCUCACUGCCAUCAAGGCUGUGGAACUUGCCAGGAAGCACAGUAUGAAGCUGAAUUCCUGGAAAUUAGCAAAAAACAAGUGUGAAAGUACUGCUGAUAAUGCUGCAGAUAAUACAGCUGCACCCACUAAUGCUGAAGAAUGCGAUUACCACUAUGAACUACCCUGAAGAUUACCUGGGCUUAUUUAAUUUGUGUUAUGCUGACCUUUGUAAAUAGUUUGGCUUGCUUUACCGUUACACUAAAUUAAAAAUUAUAUUACAUGUUAAUAGUUGGUUGUUAUUUGUUUUUAAGCAUGUUACUGGGAACUAUUCAACUUGUUGCAAUUUCGAAAAGAC